CGCAUUGAAACUAUUUUGAAAAAUAUAUAAACUUGUAAACUUUCCCACAUUUUUCUAAUUUUUUCUGAAACAACUAGAUAACAUCUUCAUUCUCAAGUCUCGUUUGUUUUCCCCUUAUCCCAGUAAUUAGCUUAUCUUAAUCCUAAACGAUGACUUCUGCAACUUCAUUAUACGAAACUUCGAAAUCGUUAUAUUUGGGUUUCGAUUUAUCAACACAACAAUUAAAAAUCAUUGUUACCAAUGAAUCGUUGCAAGCAUUAAAAACUUAUAACGUAGAGUUCGAUGUUCAAUUCAAAUCGAAAUAUGGUGUUACCAAGGGUGUCCUUGCUGUUGACAAUGAUCUCGAACAAGGUGCCAUAGUUAGUCCAGUGGCUAUGUGGUUAGAUUCCAUCGAUUACGUAUUUGGUAAAAUGAAGGAAGACGAUUUCCCUUUUGAUAAAGUGAUAGGUAUCAGUGGAUCUUGUCAACAACAUGGUUCUGUAUUCUGGGCUCAAGAAGCGGAAGAUAUAUUAUCAAAAUUAGGUGACAAUACCAACAAGUCUCUUAGCGAACAAUUAGCUAACGGCUUUACUUUUGAAAAUUCACCAAAUUGGCAAGAUCAUUCUACUGGUAAGGAAUUAAAAGAGUUUGAAGAAGCAAUUGGUGUGGAUAAUUUAUCUGACAUUUCUGGUUCAAGAGCACAUUAUAGAUUUACUGGUUUACAAAUAAGAAAAUUGGCCACUAGAGUGGAUCCUAAGAAAUAUCAAGAUACUUGGAGAAUUUCGUUAGUCUCUUCAUUUGUUGCCAGUGUAUUAUUAGGUAAAGUAGUAAACAUCGAGGAAUCAGAUGCUUGUGGUAUGAAUUUAUAUGAUAUUCAAAAUCAAAAAUUUGAUGAUGAAUUAUUAGCAUUAGCAGCAGGUGUACAUCCAAAAAUUGAUAAAGCAACUUCAGAACAAACCGAACAAGGUGUUGACGACUUAAAGAAAAAAUUAGGUACAGUAGAACCAAUUACUUACAAAAAUGAAGGAUCUAUUUCUUCAUACUUUAUUUCUAAAUAUGGAUUCAACAAGAAUGCAAAGAUUUACUCAUUCACCGGUGACAAUUUAGCCACCAUUAUUUCAUUACCAUUAGCUCCAAAUGAUUGUUUGUUAUCAUUAGGUACUUCUACUACCGUUUUAAUUAUCACCAAGAAUUAUCAACCUUCUUCUCAAUACCACCUUUUCAAGCAUCCAACAGUAAGAGAUGAAUACAUGGGUAUGAUUUGUUAUUGUAAUGGAUCAUUGGCUCGUGAAAAGAUUAGAGAUCAAAUUAAUAAAAAAUAUGAAAUUGAAGAUGAAAAAUCAUGGGAUAAAUUCAAUGAAAUAUUGGAUUCAAGCUCAAAAUUCAAUGAUAAAUUAGGAGUUUACUUUCCAUUGGGUGAAAUCGUUCCCAAUGCAUCUGCUCAAACCAAGCGUUCAAUAUUAAAUACCAAAACCAACGAAAUAACUGACGCAAAAUUGGGCUCCAAAGAAUGGACAGUUGAUGAUGAUGUCAGCUCUAUCGUUGAAUCACAAACAUUGAGUUGUAGAUUAAGAGCUGGACCAAUGUUGAGUAAGAGUUCGGGAGCUAGUGAAUCUCGUGAGAGUUCAGUCAGCGCUGAUAAAGAAACAUUAACUAACAUAUACAAAGAUUUAACUACCAAAUUUGGAGAGUUACAUACUGAUGGUAAAGCUCAGACAUUUGAAUCAUUAACUUCUAGACCAAACCGUUGUUACUAUGUGGGAGGUGCAUCUAACAAUGCCAGUAUUAUUAAGAAGAUGGGUUCCAUAUUGGGACCAAUUAAUGGUAAUUAUAAGGUAGAAAUCCCUAAUGCAUGUGCUUUAGGAGGUGCUUACAAGGCUAGUUGGUCUCAUCAAUGUGAACUUAAGGGUGAUUGGAUUGAUUAUAACGAUUACAUAAAGAGAUUAUAUGACGUCAAUCAAGAAUUAGAAUCAAUUAAGGUUGAAGAUCACUGGAUAGAUUACUUUGAUGGAGUAGGUUUGUUGGCAAGUAUAGAACAAACUUUGAAGCACGAUUAAGCAUAAAAUAUAGAAUACUGCUAACUAAUAUGGUUAGUAUACGAAGCCUUUACAUAGUUAUAUAUAUAUUUAUAAUCAAAAUUAAUAAAACAUAGACUAAGUUGCAAAA